AUGGUUAAGGAAAAAUCGAAGGACAGUGGUAGUAAUGAUCCGAGAGCUGACUGGAAAGACCCUAAGGAAUUACAAGCUUUUUGUGAGUUCUGUGUUGUUCAAGUCAUAGACGGCAAGAGGAAAGGAGGAUUUUUGACCAAAACUGGGGUUGAUGCAGUGAUUGAGCAGUUGGGUGCCAUGGGAAAAGUGGUGACUUACUUGCAGGUUAAAAACAAAUGGAAUCAUCUGAGAAAAGGGUGGAAGCAAUAUAAUGAAUGUUUUGACAAUGAGACUGGGUUGGGUUAUGAUGUUGGAACUGGGAUGCUUGAGGCCAGUGAUGAGUGGUGGACCCGAAAGAUUGCGGCAUGUCCCAAUGCAAAAACCUUUAAUAAUAAAGAUUUGCCGAAUUGUAACUUCAUGAACAUCAUAUUUGGAGGCACAGUUGCAACAGACAAAAAUGCAUUCUGCAUGAGUGGUCAAAUACCAAAGGAAACCACCGAAGGGUCUGGGGACUCCGUUGAUAGCACAGAAUUUGUUGACCCCCAAUGUGAACCCGUUGUGAAUGUUGACGCAAUGGAGGUUAAAAGUCCAUCAUCGUCGAGGGCAGGACCAGCAAUGACUAAGGGGAAAGGCUUGGCAACCAGUGUCCACCUUUUCAAGCCAAUUUGCAAGAAAUCAAGAAAAAAGCAUUCAGUUGCGCAAGAGAUGUCCUACUCUUUGAAGAGCAUCUCAAAUGUUAUUAUUGAAAGUAGAAGUGUAAGUACCCGUACACCAUUUGCUUCCACAACAACUAUUCAGGUUAAAGUAAUUCUGGACAUGGUGUUGAGUCUUCCCGGGGUGCACUCAGGUUAUCCCCUUCAUCUGUUCAACACCUUCUACUUCAUGGAAAAAGAGCUAGGUAGGCACAUGUUUACAGAACUUCACGAUGAUAAGGACGUUCAGCUGAAGUGGUUAGAAAAAGAGUACCAAAGGCACCCUGAAUUUCAUUUUCAGUGA